UGUCAUCCUAAAACCAAGAAUGAUAGUCGCAAUCUUUGUUUCAGUCAUUGCAAUAGUGGCAGCAAACAUUGACUAUUCUGGCAGACCGACCCUAAAAGACGUAGAAAAGUUUUACUUACCAGGAACAAAAAUUUAUUUGGUGAUGAGAAGCUACAACGUAAAAACAUGGGGUAAAGAAAAUACAUGUCUUUAUAGCAAAGUUGAGAGCUACAACGAUAAGACCAUAACGAUGCGGCAAGGUUACACUCCUCGCAGUCAUAACGGACUGAUUUACCCAGUGACAUUGAAGGUUUCAUGGAGUGGAGGUACAGACGUGGCUCCACGACUGAAUGCCUCAACUUACGUUGAUUUUUCGUACAUGAGAGUAUACCGUUUUCACUACCACGACCGCAAUUCUCACUGCGCUGUUCUCACGUUCGCUGACGAUUCAGACACCAUAAGAUGUGAACUUCAUACAUGGAAAUCAUAUACGUCCGAAAAGGAUUAUACUAAAUGCAAGGAAGAAUACGAAUACCAGUGCCAAGGGCGCAAGAUUUACUACCCCGAUUGGUCCAAGUGUCCUAAUUAAACAUAAGCGAAAUUUGGUGAGAGUUUAUUAUAUAAAAAUAUGGCAAGUCUUACAGAAAAGCCCAUGUUAUCUUGUUACUGUGUUUAGUUAAUAAAAUUUUCCGCCAUUAUAUCUACAUACCAAAUAAAACUACAAUUGA